CGGGUGAUUCUGUGUGUGUGAUGCGUUGCUAGGGCGGGCGGAGGUUGUGUGUCCUGCGGGGCGCUCCGUACAGGGGGACGGGAAGGAUCAGGAGAGCUGCGCGGUCGCUCCAGUUAUUCGGGGGUCAUCGAUCGUCUAUACUCCGUCGUCCUCCGUGUCCGUAUGGCCGUCAGCAGGAGAUCGCGGCGAGUGUGUCCGGUGUGACUGGAACGGCACGGAGCAUGGAGAAGCCGCGGGCACAGUGACAGGUUUUAAAAGACUGAUGAAACUAGAUUCCUGGUACAAUCGUGUUUGUUUUUUUUAUUUUUGUGUCGUAUUUUUUUGCUAUCAUUUUUAUUUAAAUUUUGUAAUUCUGCUAUGAAAAAAUUUGCCUAUUUUAAGGUGGUCCUGGCCACCUCAUUGGUUUGGGUAUUUUUGGAUAUAUUUCUACUGCUCUACUUCAGCGAAUGCAACAAAUGUGAGGAUAAGGAGCGGGGCUUGCCUGCUGGAGAUGGUGCUGGUGGUGGUCACAAACCACAUGAAGGCCCAGGAGAAAUGGGGAAGCCUGUUGUUCUUCCUAAAGAGGACCAAGAGAAGAUGAAGGAAAUGUUUAAAAUUAAUCAAUUCAAUUUAAUGGCUAGUGAGAUGAUAGCACUCAACAGAUCUUUACCUGAUGUCCGGCUAGAAGGGUGUAAAACAAAGGUAUAUCCUGAUAAUUUACCAACAACCAGUGUUGUGAUAGUGUUUCACAAUGAAGCCUGGACAACACUAUUAAGGACCGUGCACAGUGUGAUAAAUAGGUCACCGCAACAUCUUCUCCAAGAGAUUAUUCUCGUGGAUGAUGCUAGUGAAAGAGAUUUUUUGAAAAGACCACUGGAGAUGAAUGUCAGAAAGCUGAAAGUGCCAGUCUAUGUCAUUCGAAUGGAACAACGCUCAGGGCUGAUAAGGGCCAGGCUAAGAGGUGCUGCUGCUUCAAAAGGACAGGUCAUCACAUUUCUAGAUGCACAUUGUGAGUGUACAGUAGGAUGGCUGGAACCUUUGCUGGCACGGAUUAAACAUGACAGGAGGACUGUGGUGUGCCCCAUAAUUGAUGUUAUUAGCGACGAUACUUUUGAAUAUAUGGCUGGUUCUGACAUGACCUAUGGUGGGUUCAACUGGAAAUUGAACUUCAGAUGGUAUCCUGUUCCCCAGCGUGAAAUGGAUCGCAGAAGAGGAGAUCGAACUCUUCCUGUGAGAACUCCUACUAUGGCAGGGGGUCUCUUCUCAAUUGACAGAGAUUAUUUCCAAGAGAUUGGAACAUAUGAUGCUGGAAUGGACAUUUGGGGAGGGGAGAAUUUAGAAAUAUCAUUUCGGAUAUGGCAAUGUGGAGGUACACUUGAAAUAGUUACUUGUUCACAUGUUGGUCACGUUUUCCGAAAAGCAACUCCAUACACUUUCCCGGGAGGUACUGGCCAAAUCAUAAACAAGAAUAACAGGAGGCUGGCAGAAGUGUGGAUGGAUGAAUUCAAGAACUUCUUUUAUAUCAUUUCACCUGGGGUGACAAAAGUAGACUAUGGAGACAUAUCUAUAAGAGUAGCCUUGAGGCAUAAACUACAGUGUAAACCGUUUUCUUGGUACUUGGAAAAUGUAUAUCCUGAUUCUCAGAUACCACGUCAUUAUUUCUCUUUGGGAGAGAUUAGAAAUGUCGAGACAAAUCAGUGUUUGGACAAUAUGGCAAGGAAAGAAAAUGAAAAAGUUGGUAUUUUUAACUGCCAUGGAAUGGGAGGAAACCAGGUUUUCUCCUACACAGCUAGCAAAGAAAUUAGAACGGAUGAUUUAUGUUUAGAUGUCUCCAAGCUUAAUGGCCCAGUCACAAUGCUUAAGUGCCACCAUUUAAGAGGCAAUCAGCUAUGGGAGUAUGAUCCAAUGAAAUUAACCCUGGUUCAUGUGAAUAGCAACCAGUGCCUGGACAAAGCUGCAGAAGAAGACAGUCAAGUACCCAGCAUCAGAGACUGCAAUGGCAGCCACUCUCAACAGUGGCUGCUGCGUAAUGUUACACUUCCAGAAAACUUUUAAAAUAUAACAUAAUUGGCAAACAAAUUGAGAAAAGGAAUAAAAAAUGUUAAUAAAAAUAAAGUAAAAGAAUAGACUGCACUACCUCUGCACAUGUGACUUGCACAUUAUUCAAAGAAGGAAACUAUUUCGUGCACUUGUAAAAUAAGGGGACGGUAGGGCGCUCAUAUCAGCUCAGACCAACUUGUGGGUUUUCCAGUAGCUGUGAAAUAGCCCACCUCUAUGAGGAUAUGAAAUAGCAUACUUUGUAUCAGAACUGUGCACAUUGAAGUUUACAAGAAGGAACAAAGUCUCCCUCAUCAAGGAAUUAUUCAUGAGACCUAAAGACAAUACAAAUUAAUGUGUGGUUCCCCACAAGAAUUGCAUAUCAAUACAGUCAGCUUUCACAUCUCUAGCCUCUGCAUAGUGUCACUCUACAGAAGGUAGAAGCCAAGCAGCUGUGAUGCUCUGCUGACAGAUUUAUCAACGCCAAGACACCCCAUAUUCUGAGACAAGAAUGUACAGGACAGACAACUGCAGAAUCCCAAAUACCAUUGCAGAAUCACACCCGUCAUUUCUACGUGCAAAGAAAACAGGGUUUAAAAAGAGUUGAAAUUCUAUAUAUCAAAAGUACGAUUUGUUGUAGCAAAAUCAGAUUUAUAUGUAGAUAUUUGUUUUGACUUUUUUUUUUCUAAUCUAUGCUGGGACAAAAAACAAUAAAAAAAAAAUCACCUCCUUUCUGUUGUGUGAUAGUAACAGAGUAUAUUUUGCAUGAUGGGCAUUUAUUUGUAAAAGAAAGAUGCUCAAACUAAACUGGGGGGUGGAGAAAGUCUUUUAAGCAUUUGUUUUUCUUUUUAAAUCUUGAUUUUUGUUGUUGGGGUACUGACCAAGGUUCUUGUUGAUGUCUAUUCUUCACCUUGCCUUCCAAAAUGCAGGAUUAAUAAUACAGGUUGAGUAUCCCAUAUCCAAAUAUUCCGAAAUACGGAAUUUUUUGAGUGAGACUGAGAUAGUGAAACCUUUGUUUUCUGAUGGCUCAAUGUAAACAAACUUUGUUUAAUACACAAAGUUAUUAAAAAAUAUUGUAUUAAAUGACCUUCAGGCUGUGUGUAUAAGCUGUAUAUAAAACAUAAAUUAAUUUUGUGAUUGUACACACACUUUGUUUAAUGCACAAAGAUAUUAAAAAAUAUUGGCUAAAAUGACCUUCAGGCUGUGUGUAUAAGGUGUAUAUGAAUCAUAAAUGCAUUCUGUGCUUAGAAUUGUUUCCCAUCUCCAUGAUAUCCCAUUAUGGUAUGCAAUUAUUCCAAAAUACGGAAAAAUCCGAUAUCCAAAAUACUUCUGGUCCCAAGCAUUUUGGAUAAGAGAUACUCAACCUGUAUUAUCAUGCAACAUUAGUGUUGUGUUAUCUGAUGCAUUCAGUCUCUGUUUUUGUUUGCGGAUUCUAGAAAAAGAAAACCUAGUCCAAAAAAACAAACAAACAAGAAAUGCAGUUAAAUAUAACUGUUUAUUUGUAGUGCCCAAGAUUCAUACUACUGUACACAUUUUUUUAACACAGCAAUAAAUUCUGUUUGUUCUAGACAAAA